UUUGUCCUCCGCCUCGUUGCAACAACGACCGGGAACUGCGCUCCGCACUGACAUAACAACACACGAAUAAUUGUUAUUAUUGAUAGACCGAUAAUAUGUGAGCUGAAAUCUUUCCGUGCGUAAUUUCGAGAGCGCGUUUGAUCGCUCUUACGUACUUUCGCGACCGGAGUCUGCGAGACGAGAAAUCGUGGAAUUUCAUGCGAGCUUCAUUCAGCGAGGGCGAGAUUCCUUCCGUCAAACUUGCCGUCAAACACGCGACGGUAUAGGUUAUGUGAGAUCGCGCGAGUCGAGUGGAGCGAGCGAGCGACCUCGUCGCAUAUCCCUGCCCUUGCUUGUGGCGAGCUUCCCCGCGUGCGAUGGGCCAGGGUACGGAGACGUGCGCCGACCGACCCACGGAGGUUAGCGUCAUCAGAUUCGUCUCGCGGAAUCGCACCAUCGAGGAGAUCGCGCCGAAAAAGGAAGUAUAUACUUGCAAGCAACGAGGUUGCGGUAAAAUAUUCACCAAUCAGGAUGAAUAUAAGACACAUGAAGUGCUGGAGGCUUUGAAGAUUCGAUUUAUAUGUCGCGAGCCAGGUUGCGGAGAGGAAUUAUCAGACCCAGGUAGCAUGUGGCGACAUUAUCAAGAAUGGCACAAUAAUGAAACAAAUGUUUUCGCAUGUCCAUAUACCAAUUGUGGCUCUUUGCACACUACUAGUAGUAAUCUCGAGGAACAUAUUGAGAGUUGUCAUAGACAACCACCUACACUGCCAAUGGAACCUGAGAUAAUAUGUUUCGAAGGCCCCGAGAAUGCAAUAGACGAGGAAGGUAUGCAAAAGACUGACGAAGGAUGUUAUGAAAAACUGCCAAGCGAAAACUUUACCCUAAAAGAAGAAUAUGGAAGUAACGAGGAAAACUGUCACAUUAGAAAUGAAACUAAAAUUCAGACUAAAAAUGAUUUUUGUCACGAGCAAAAUAAGAUUGCAGCUCUUGCAAAUAGCGAAGAAUAUUCGAAUAAUGAGCCUUUGAAUGGUAUCAAUAAGUUCCCUAAAGGUGAGGACCUAGUUAUAAUUAAGGAUAAUUUCUUACGAAAAUACGAUAACGUCACACCAAAGUGCGAGGAAAUUCUCCAAGUAGAAUGCACGCAAGACAAGAAUAACGUCGUUUAUAUAAACGGUGACAUAACUAUUACGAAAAAUAUGAAAACGGAAGUAUGCAAUUUAAAUUUACGAAAUCAAGAGCAUAGAAUAGAUUUGGGAAACUUGGAGCGAGUUUUUCGGAAUAGUCUCGAACGUGAAAAUUCGAAGAUCGAGGAUAGCUCGAUAGAAACAAACAGCAAUUGUUCGGACGACGAAGAAUACACUCCGAAGAAACAACGCAUGUCUAGGUACAAACAAGAAACAUAUAAAUGCGACGUCAACGGUUGCGGGAAGAAGUACAAAUACAUAUCGCACUAUCGUCAUCAUCAAGACAGUCAUAAAUUAGUUACAAAUACAAUUAAUUCCAAUACUGGUAAGCAAGUGUCGAAGGUGAAGCAAGGAAAGGCAUCCACUGUCAGCUUCUUCAUAUGCAAAAUGCCUGGAUGCGGUGCUCAAGUAAAUAAUGUAACUGGCUUAUGGAAGCAUUAUCAGGACAAUCAUGCCAAUUCCAAACCGCCAGUCGUACAAACUGCCAAGAAUAAUGAAGUAUUUCGAUGCAAGGUACCAGGAUGCGAACUAGAAUUUAGUACAACAUUAAUGUUGUACAAGCAUUUUGAUGAAAUUCACUCCAAUAGUUCCAUUAAUAACACAAACGGAAAGACUGGCAAUGGAGGUAGCUUUCAUUUUACUGACAUAUUCCAGGAGGACGCUACUGCCCAACAAGCAAAUUUUAAGACUGAUUUCAAAGCCAAGCAUAAUAUUAACUUGAAUGAUUAUACCGAAAGUAGUGACGAACAUACUACUCAUAUUGCUAAUAGUUAAAAGGGAAUUUUCCACAAAUUGACUCAAAUAUCUCAUGAGGAAGAUCUCAUUUCUUUGGAUUACGAAUAAUUAAAAGGCACAAUAAUUCAGGGUAUUUUACAGAGAUCAUUUAGUCAAGAUUUUAAUCCAGUAAAUUGCUUUAAGCUUGUGUAUUUGAUCUGUAAUUGGUAACUGCUGUUAAUUAUAAUUGGUAGACUUUCCUAGUAGCUAUAAGUGUGAUAUGGUGGGACUUUGUAGAAUACUCUGACAUUGAUCGGUAAACAUUAUUAAUAUGUAAGAAAAUUUAUUGAGCUGCCGGUAUAUGCUGCAGCGGGACAACAGUUUGGAAUUAAAUCUAAUAGUAUACACACAAUAUAUACACUAAGAAUUUCUCGUCGCUAUAAAUAAGAGGCUAAAUCCGCUGCAGCAAUAUGCACCUGUAAUAAUAAGACUUUUGACUCUCUUUCUGUAAUGAUUUUUACUAUUUUAUAUUAUGUCGUUUUUAUGUAACUUAUA